AUGUACCGCAGUGCGCCCAGUAAAAAGGGUCCUGCUGACUAUCGUCCAAAGUACAACCCGUACGAUCAGAAUGGAGGCGGUGGAAGCGGGUUAGCCACGAGGUACAUGGCCACUGGACCUACAGGUGGGCCUAUACAUCAACCAUCCAGUGACCACUAUCCCUCUCCUCAUGGUCCCAAAGACGAUCGCAAUUGGAGCCCUCACAUGGAAAGUUAUGAAAUAAUGCACCGAAGUCCAGAGAAAACCCAUUAUCACUCAAAAAUUGAUGCCGACAUUGAUUCUCUCACCAAUAUGUUGGCUGAUCUGGACAGCCACCCACACGACGCAAGCACACAACUUUACGACAAUGUGCCUUACAACAAGUACCACUCAGGAGAUCACUACAAGCCUUCUCACCAGGCUGGACCCCCUCCCAUGGGCCGCCCCGCCAUGGCUUACCCCCCUCCGCAUCAGAGCCAAUAUCACCAGGCCUCUUCUCAUUACCCCUCAUCACACCAGCAGGACUACUACACCCCCCAGUCCUCCUCCACUCCAAAACCUUACCCGCAGCCUGUUCCCGCCUCCUACACCACGGCCUCCACCCCGACCGGACCUCGCUUUAGCGUCCAGGUCAAGACCGCGCAGCCCGUCACAUACUCGCAGACCGGCAGACAAGCAGAGCAAGCGUACGCCCCACCGCCUCCCCGCCAAACCGUGUCCCGCCCUUCGCCACAGGCACAGACGGGACCAGGCUGGUACCCUUCGCACCCCAGCUCUCAAAACUCAGACCUCCACGCUGAGGCAGGCUACGGAGCCGGAAGAGUAAACCAGGUGUCCAUGUCCAAACGAGGAAUGGAUAAUAGUCAACCGGGACAAAGCGACCUGUAUCAAAGCAACAAGGGGACAGUUUUAACAAGGCCAGAAGAUGAAUUGGACCGUCUGACAAAGAAGCUUGUGUAUGAUAUGAACAAUCCACCUGUAGAAGACUAUUUUGGUCGCUGUGCUCGCUGCGGUGAUAAUGUGGUGGGAGACGGCAGUGGAUGCAUCGCCAUGGAGCAGGUGUUUCACGUGGAGUGCUUCACCUGCAUCACAUGCCACGCCCGCCUGCGAGGACAGCCCUUCUACGCCCUGGACAAAAAGAGCUACUGUGAGAGCUGCUACAUUAGUACGUUAGAGAAAUGUUCAAAGUGCUCCAAGCCAAUUCUGGAUCGAAUACUCCGCGCGAUGGGGAAGGCUUACCACCCGCGGUGCUUCACGUGUGUGGUCUGCAACAGCUGCUUGGAUGGCGUGCCGUUUACUGUGGAUGCCACCUCUCAGAUUCACUGCAUAGACGACUUCCACAGGAAGUAUGCCCCGCGCUGCUCUGUGUGCAAUGGGCCCAUCAUGCCCGAACCAGGCCAAGAAGAGACCGUUCGGAUCGUUGCAUUGGACCGGAGUUUUCACGUCAACUGUUAUGUUUGUGAGGAAUGUGGACUCUUGCUAUCGUCAGAAGGAGAGGGCCGUGGCUGCUACCCGCUGGAUGGCCACAUCUUGUGUAAGAACUGCAGUGCGCGGCGCAUCCAGGACCUCUCUGCCAAAAUCUCAACUGACUGCUAA